AUUUAACAACUUACGGUCUCGAUUGCCUUCUCAAUUCAAUCCCAUAGCAAAACCAAAAUAGGGUGAAAAGAAAAGAAAAGAAAAGAAAGGGCGCAAAGUGAAGUUUUGUAUAUUAAAGAGAUUGAAAACUGAAGAAGAAAGGAGGAGGACAACUUCUUCUAAUGUCACCACAAAACUGCUCUUUCCUCUCUUUUUCUUUUUUUUUAUUUGGGUGCUCUGAAACUGGUAGCUGUAACAGAGAGUCUUCUUCUUAUUUUAUAAUCUUUUUCUCCAUUUCCAUUUCCAUUUUCUGCUUUCUGGUGGGGGGUUUAUACUAUAUGUAUGUUAAUUGGUUCUUGUGAAUCUGGCUAACUUUUGUUGAAUUUGGAGUUGUACUUGCCAUAGAUCUUGAGAGGAAAGAGAGAAUGGAUAAGUUACAGUGGGGAAACAGAAAGCGCCUCCGUUGCGUCAAGGUCAAAGACUCCGUUUUGGACAAAUCUGACGACGGUGGCGCCGGUGGUGGUGGUGCUGCUGCUGCUUUGAGGAAGAAAACCACCUCUCGUGUUGAUCGACGAGUUGUUGUCGGUGCAGAUAAUAAACAACCCUAUCUUCCUCCUCCUCCUCUGCAAUCUCCUCAUCGUCUCGCCAGAGAUUUGGGGAUGAACAGAUCGAUGUUGAACGAGAAUAGGAAGAUAUCAACAUCAUCCUCACCGGAGAAGGAAGAUCGGUAUUACACGACGAGGGGGUCGAUUAUCGGAUUGGAUGACAGCAGUAGUAAGUUGUUCAUGGAGGCAAGGAGGGAGGAUAAUCAUAAUAAAGGAGUUGGAGGAGGAGGAGGAGGAGGAGGGAUUGUUUGGCCUAAACUAUAUGUUACAUUGUCAAGUAAAGAGAAGGAAGAAGAUUUUCUGGCUAUGAAAGGGUGUAAACUGCCUCAGAGGCCUAAGAAGAGGGCCAAGUUAAUCCAGAAAACCUUACUUUUGGUGAGUCCAGGGGCAUGGUUAUCAGACCUUUGCCAAGAAAGGUAUGAAGUGAGGGAGAAGAAGUCUUCAAAAAAGAGACCUAGAGGAUUGAAGGCUAUGGGAAGCAUGGAAAGCGAUUCAGAAUGAGAUUUUUUGAAAGAGAGAUAGAGGAAGAGGGAGGGGAAAAGAAAUGGAGUGGUCCCUGUUUAUUGUAGGUUUUUAAAGAAAUUGGAAAUUGGUAAUAUCUAUCCCACCAAUCCAAUCUAAUUUAAUCUUGGAAAACACAUUUCUUCCAUGUCUAUUCUUUUUUAUCUUUCUGGUUGAUAGUGAUGCUUUUCAUGUUUGAUGAUGAUGA